CGCAACCUUUCCCGCCGCCACAACUUUUCAGCUGCCCGCGACGGUGUUCAGUCUCUCCUCCCAGCCAAAAAAAGCGAUUCUGAAGACGCGCCAAAAUGGGCUCGACUGAGUGCACGACUGAGGUAGUAGAGGCGGUGCGUUUUGGGUUUUUUACUGAUGAAGAAGCCAGAAAGCAUAGUCUUGUUAAGAUUACAAACCCAAAUUUGGUUGACAUACUUGGAAAGCCGUGUCCCGGUGGAUUAUACGAUCCGGCGAUGGGAUCCCUUGACGAAAGAUCUAUUUGUGAAUCGUGUGGGCAACGUGCGUAUCUAUGCAACGGUCACUGUGGGCACAUUGAACUCGUUUCCGUAGCCUAUAACCCGUUGCUAUUUAAUACUUUGAGCAAUAUCUUGAACAAAACCUGUUUGUAUUGCUUGCAAUUCAUAUCGAGUGCUGAAGAGACGGAGAACUUUGUUUCUCAAUUAGAACUGAUUAGAAAGGGAGACCUCGCUGGGGCAAAAAAGUUGGCUUUGGGAAGCAGCUUUAAAGGCAAGAAGAAAAUGGUGUUUGUCUCAACGGAUGAUGAUACGGAUGAACGGGAGGAUAGUCAAGGGAGUCAUAUGUCACAUUCAGCAGUAUUAUCAGAUGGCGAAAAUCACUUCAAGGAUGAUGAACAAGCAUCUUGGAGUUCUGCUCAGCUCGCUGAAGCUAUUUCGGUUAUGAAUGAAUAUUUGAGGAGAAAAGGAAAGAAGUGCAUGAAUUGUGAGAUGAGAUGUCCAAAGAUCAGUAAGCCAACUUUUGGAUGGUUUCAAGUGGGUGGAGCCACCUCUGCUAAAGCAAUCCGAGAGAAUGUCAUUCGAAGCCACAAGUUGGAUGAGUCAGACAGCGAUGGAGGUGAAGAUAACUUUUCGUCGGAGGUGGUAAAUGCUGGUGAUCAUUCGAUGAAUGAUGACUCCGAGACAGUUGAAUCAAAUUCAUUUAUAGCCACUUCCAAUAGCACAAAAAAGUCCAAGAAAAAAGGUGUAAAUCGAGCAAAAAAAUUGAAUCCGGGGUCUGGGGAUCCAAAUUUCUAUUUGUCAGGACCCCUCUUACCAUCACAGGUUAGAGAUAUUCUGAAGCUCCUGUGGGAGAAGGAAGCUUCUUUUUGCUCAUACAUAAGUGAUAUUCAGAGGCAGAAAUGUAAACCUUUUGGAAAUAAAACAGGCUACUCUAUGUUUUUCCUAGAGACUGUUCUUGUACCCCCAAUAAGAUUUCGACCCCCAGCAAAAGGUGGUGAUUCUGUGAUGGAGCAUCCUCAAACUGUUCUACUGGGAAAGGUGCUCCAGUCAAACAUUGCUUUAGGAAACGCUCAUGUUAAUGCUGAAAAAUCGAAGAUUAUUAGUCGCUGGAUGGAACUUCAGCAAUCUAUCAAUGUGUAUUUCGAUAGCAAAACUGCUACUAGUCUAGCUCAAAAAGAUAGUAUUGCUGGAAUAUGUCAGUUUCUUGAAAAGAAAGAGGGUAUUUUCCGUCAGAAGAUGAUGGGCAAAAGAGUUAAUUUUGCUUGCCGGUCUGUUAUAUCUCCUGAUCCGUAUUUGGCGGUCAAUGAGAUUGGAAUUCCUCCAUAUUUUGCAUUGAAAUUAACCUAUCCAGAGAGGGUUACUCCUUGGAAUGCUGCAAAAUUGAGGGGUGCCGUUGUUAAUGGGCCCGACAUCCAUCCUGGAGCGACGACUUACGUUGAUAGUGUUACUAUUGUAAAACUUCCACCAAGCCAGAAAAUGCGUGUAGCAAUAUCUAGAAAAUUACCUUCUUCAAGAGGGGUAGUUACGCAGUCAGGGAAGUUCGAUGAUCUUGAGUUUGAGGGCAAGACCGUGCAUCGCCACUUGCAGGAUGGGGAUAUAGUGCUUGUUAAUCGACAGCCUACACUCCACAAGCCAAGUAUAAUGGCUCAUGUUGUUCGUGUAUUGCAUGGGGAAAGAACACUACGCAUGCAUUAUGCAAAUUGCAGCUCCUAUAAUGCUGAUUUUGAUGGUGAUGAGAUUAAUGUGCAUUUUCCUCAAGAUGAAAUUUCUCGCGCGGAAGCUUACAACAUCGUAAAUGCAAACGAACAGUAUAUCGUUCCAACAAAGGGUGAUACUGUCAGAGGCUUGAUUCAGGAUCAUAUCGUGGGUGCUGUGCUUCUUACAAUGAAGAAUACAUUUGUUAAUCGAAGUGAAUUCAAUCAGCUGCUUUAUGGAUCUGGCGUGUUUGCAAGUGGGCCCGGUUCACUGCCUAAAAACAAUUCCCGUAAGGUUACGUUAAUAGAUACCGAAGGUGUGGUAGAGUCUGUCUUGCCUGCAAUAUGGAAGCCAGAGCCUCUUUGGACAGGGAAACAGGUAAUUACAGCACUGCUGAAUCAUAUAACCCGAGGUUGUGCGCCUUUUACCGUUGAAAAUCAGGGGAAGAUCCCAAAGAAUUAUUUCUUUGGUAAUAGUUAUACAAGAGGAGAGGAAGAUGAAGACCAAAAUGCCGAACAUAAUUUGUUAGUUUGGAAGAAUGAGCUUGUUCGCGGUGUUAUUGACAAGGCUCAGUUUGGAAAGUUUGGUUUGGUACACACAGUGCAAGAGCUUUACGGGGCUAGUAGUGCUGGCAUUUUUCUUUCGGCAUUGAGUCGAGUAUUUACAUUAUUUUUGCAGAUUCAUGGGUUCACAUGUGGGGUAGAUGACCUUAUUAUAUUACCCGAUUACGAUGACCAAAGGAAGGAGAAACUUGAAGGGGAAGAUGUGGGUGAAGUAGUUCACUGUGAUUUUGUGAAGUUCAAACCUGGGCAGAUAGGCCCUGACGAACUCCAGUUGGAAAUUGAGAAAGUCAUAUGCACCGACAGAGAAUCUGCCACUGCAUCCUUGGACAUGAAAAUGAAAAAUAAAUUGAACAGUAAGCUAACUAGAGAAGGUUCUCAGAUACUCAAACAUUUGUUGACAGCUGGACUAUUAAAACCGUUCCCAAAGAACUGCAUCUCUGUUAUGACAACAACAGGGGCAAAAGGAAGUACAGUUAAUUUCCAGCAAAUAUCUGCUUAUCUCGGGCAACAAGAAUUGGAAGGUAAAAGGGUGCCUCGAAUGGUUUCUGGAAAGACUUUGCCCUCCUUUCCACCCUGGGAUUUCACUUCUAGAGCAGGUGGCUUCAUCACUGAUCGGUUUCUUACGGGUCUUCGACCUCAAGAGUAUUACUUCCAUUGCAUGGCUGGUCGUGAAGGGUUGGUCGACACUGCCGUGAAAACAUCUCGCAGUGGAUAUCUGCAACGUUGUCUAGUGAAAAAUCUCGAGAGCCUAAAAGUUUGCUACGAUUAUACUGUUCGCGAUGCCGAUGGUUCUAUAGUUCAAUUUUAUUAUGGAGAAGAUGGCAUUGAUGUGCACCGGACAAGUUUUCUCAAUAAUUUCAAGGCACUACAAGAUAAUCGAGAAACUAUUUGCCAGAAGUUUCAACAUAAGCGCGAGUUCAAUAGUUACAUCAAAAAAUUGCCCGAAGGGCUAGAAGAAGAAGCCAAGCGCUUUAUCCAGGAGACGCAAAACAAGUCAUUGGCAAAACAGAGUACAAGUGCAGGUGAGGGCCCACAUAGUAGCCGUAAGGCAAGAAAGAAGGAAAAACUAUUGAAGAAAGAAAAGGCAGCUGCUGCAUAUGAGCAAGACGCGUUUUUAGAGUUGGUGAAGCAAAAAUAUCUAUCGAGCCUCGCGCAAGCAGGAGAACCAGUAGGCGUUAUUGCUGCUCAGUCCGUAGGCGAGCCAUCAACUCAGAUGACGCUCAAUACUUUUCAUCUUGCUGGUCGUGGAGAAAUGAAUGUCACACUUGGUAUUCCACGUCUCCAGGAGAUUUUGAUGUCUGCAUCAGAAGUUAUCAAAACUCCCCUUUUGACGUGCCCAUUCUCGCAAUGGAGAUCCAAGCGUGAAGUCGUAUCUCUUGUUUCACACGUGAAGAAGGUCUCCGUAGCAGAUUUGAUAGAGAACAUGGAAGUUCAGCUCUCAGUCAACCACAAAACCGCAGCUAGAGUUUACAAGUUGAAAAUGACGUUAAAAGACACCGAGUUUGUGUCGUUGGAAAACAUGCACGAAACCCUAAAAACCACGUUUUUAGGAGAGUUGGAGGAUGCAAUCGAGAAUCACGUGUUAUAUCUUUCAAGACUCAGUGGCAUAAAAAAUUUCGCAUCUAAUCCGAAACCAAAAUCAUCAAAUGAAGCUGACGAGGAUGAGUCUGGUUUGGGAACAGAAAAUGCUGGUGUCAACGAUGAUGACGACGAUGACGACGAUGACAAGGGCGAUGAUCUCGGUUCGGAUGUACAAAAGAGAAAGCAACAAGCGACGGAUGAUAUGGAUUACGAGGAUGGAUCGGAUGGGGGCGCUGCUGAAGAUGAUGACUCCGAUCUGGAGAAAGGGAAAAGUGAUGUGGAAAAUCUUGAGGAAGAUGAAACGGGAAAAGAUGAGGAAUCCGAGCACACUGAUGACAAGGAUGAGGCUUCUAAUGUGCAAAAUGAAGAUGAGGCUAUUUCGGAAGGUACUAAAUCAAGUGUUGGGAGCAGCAAAGGAAAAACAUCAUUUGACAAGUCGAGCGUAGAAUUGAAGGGUAAAAAAAUACGCAGGGCCUUUUAUAUGGUAGUUAAAGGAACCAAGUUCGAAGUCCACUUCGAAUUUCAUGAAGAACCUCAUAUGUUGAUCGCACAGCUUGCACAAAAAACCUCAAAGAAGGUGUACAUCAGGAAAUCUGGAAAAGUCAGCCAAUGCAAAAUGGUGUCAUACGACCCGGAUGAGAAAACCGUAAUCUGGGACAACAGCAAGAAACCAAAGAGAGGAGAAUCGAAGUCCGAAGAAGAAGACACGUCUUACUGGGCAGUAAAAGCAUCGGGAGUUGAUUUCAAGUCAUUCUGGGAAAUGCACGAUGACCUAGAUCUCAGCCGUUUAUACUCCAACAAUAUUCAUGCUAUGCUGACUACAUACGGAGUGGAAGCAGCCAGAGCAACUAUCAUACGAGAGGUGAAGCACGUGUUCGAUAUUUAUGGGGUGAAGAUCGAUUACAGACAUUUGAGCUUGAUUGCAGACCACAUGACACACACCGGUUCGUAUUUGCCCAUGAGCAGACACGGCAGCAUUUCCGAGUCUCUGUCGCCAUUCUUAAAGAUGUCAUUCGAGACUGCUUCAAAGUUUAUUGUCGAAGCAGCUUCACAUGGGCUUACUGACAAGCUGGACACACCUUCGUCGAGAAUUUGCCUGGGCUUGCCUGUGAAGAUGGGUACCGGUUCUUUUGACGUGAUGCAGCAGUUGGAUCUUUGAUUUUGGAAUUAUUUUUUUAAAUUUUUUGUCGCCCAUUGUUUUUGUUUAGCUUUGAGGAAAAAAAAUAUUCGUAUAUAGGUCUUCGAAAUAUUCUCGUUUUUGUCAUGUUUUAUUAAUUUACAACAUGCAUGUAAAUCGAGAUGUCAUCAAUUUCAUGCAUGAAACGGAGGUGAAUUAACAGAUAAUGAGAAACUAUAUGUCAUCUAUUAGCUUGCCGAGAUUCAAAUUAA